AUGGGAGUUCUUCAGCGUUUGUUUCGUCUGAUUAACAAACCUGGCCUAAGAUCUGGCGAAAUGUCACUCCCAACAGCUUCGAAUUACUCAGCUUGGACGAAGGAACAGCUUAUUGAAAAAAUUGUGGAGCUGGAAAAUCAUCAAGAUGUCCAAAAUUCUAAGAAACACAAGAAAGCUUCACCUGAACUGCCCAAAACCAAAAGAAGAAGGGAAUUCGACUUCUCGAAGUACAAUACGAGAUUCAUUGCAUUAAAAUUUUCUUAUCUGGGAUGGAACUAUAACGGUUUAGCUGUACAGAAGGAUGUGACCCCAUUACCAACCGUGGAGGGCGUGAUUAUUGAUGCAUUAAUGAAAUGCAGGUUAGUUGCGUCAUCUAAUGUACAAGAUUUCAGAUUUAGUAGAUGUGGUAGGACAGACAAGGGUGUUAGCGCUAUGAACCAAGUUAUUUCUUUGGAAGUGAGAUCCAAUCUGAGUGACGAAGAACAAAAGGACCCAUCAAAUGAUACUCGUGAGCUUCAAUACGCGCAGAUUCUGAACCAUUUAUUACCGGAAGAUAUCAAGAUAUCGGCUAUGUGUUUAAGGCCUCCUGAGGGGUUCGAUGCGAGGUACAGUUGUGAAUACCGACAUUACAAGUACUUGUUCAGUGGGAAAGGCUUGAUGUUAGACCGAAUGCAAAAGGCGGCAGCUCUUUACCAUGGUGAACAUGAUUUUAGGAAUUUUUGCAAAUUAGAUGGCUCUAAACAAAUAACCAAUUAUACCAGAAAUAUUUUGGGUUCCGAAAUACAACACAUUUCCGAUAAUAUGUAUUGUUUUGACUUAGUUGGAAGUGCCUUCCUGUGGCAUCAAGUACGUUGUAUGAUGGCUAUCCUUUUCCUUGUGGGACAAGGCUUGGAAGAACCAUCGGUCAUCACCAAUCUUCUUGAUGUGGAUAAAACACCACAAAAACCCAUCUACGAGAUGGCUAGUGAUCUCCCAUUAAUUCUCUAUGACUGUAAGUUUCCAGAAAUGGAGUGGAUACAGCCCACCUCAGCGGACUACAAAGCCAUCAAGUACAGUAAAGUAAUUGAAUCUCUGAAUUUACAUUAUCAGUUUAAAGCUACUGUAGCUAAUAUGUUUGCAGAAUGUUUAGCUUUACAGCCCGAUUCUAAUGCUGAUUUUUCUAACAAGACUAGGAUUAACGUAGGUGAUGGUGUGGGUAAAGUUGUCUCUAAAUAUGAAAAGAUGGUCAACAGACAAGUCAUGGACUCUGCAGAGACUGUAAAUGAAAAAUAUAGAAAUAGAAAGAAUACCAAAUAG